CAACGAACAUCCCAAAUUGACCCGGUCCAUCUUCAAUCCUCACGUCGACAACCCGUACGAUACGACACGAAGCCGCCCACCAUGUCGUCCAAGGUCAAGGCUGGUCAGCUCUGGGGAAAGAGCAAGGAUGACCUCACCAAGCAGCUGGAGGAAUUGAAGACCGAGCUGAGCCAGCUCCGUGUCCAGAAGAUCGCUGGCGGUGCCUCCUCGAAGACCCACAGAAUCCACGACGUUCGCAAGUCGAUCGCUCGCGUUCUGACCGUCAUCAACGCCAACCAGCGCGCUCAGCUCCGCUUGUUCUACAAGAGCAAGAAGUACACUCCUCUUGACCUCCGCCCCAAGCUCACCCGUGCUCUCCGCCGCCGUCUCACCAAGCACGAGGCUACCCUGAAGACCGAGCGCAAGCGCAAGCAGGAGAUCCACUUCCCCCAGCGGAAGUACGCUGUUAAGGCUUAAAUGUUUAAGACGGGGUCGUCUCUGGAUCUGGAUGGAGUUAACGGGAACGUCGUUUAGUGAUGACGGGUUGACCUAACCUUGCCGUGAGGGGGGUCGGAUUCAUCAAAACGGUUUCUUUUGAAAAAAGAAAUCGAUUAUGUAUCUUAGAAAAAAGAAGAUGCAGAUCGAUGUUUUUAAAUGAAGGCCUUGCUUGACAUGACAUGAGAUAAAGAUUCUUAUUAUUGGUAUUGUGGUAGUUGCGGAGUACUGUGAUAUCUAGUCUCCCUGGGUAGUGCCCUUUUUCUUUUUUCCUUUUUUUUUUGGCUCUCGAGUAGUAUAGUCUAUCUUGUACGACUGUCCAUAUGCAACAAUUAUUAUUCAUUGGGUAUGGUCUUUGAAGUCGACAUACGUCCACAUGUUAUGAACGGGGUCAGUGUAACAUCGGCCUUGUCUAAUGCCCAGUCAAUGAUAGAUGCAAUCUUGACAUCGUAAUAC